AUGGCAUUUAAGAAUAAGGCUCCCCGUUUGGGAUGGCUAGCAGCAGACUCAUUUGCUGACCGAGGAGAUGCUGCGACACAACUGUUCAAUACAUCCGCCAGCAACCCUCAUCACACCGGUACCAAUUUCAUAUUCAUUCGUGAAGACAUAUACACUGAGGCUUUCCCGGUCUUCAUUGGAAAGUACCCGAGCAUUUCCACCGUAUAUCUGCCACCCGAUGGGCCCAUAGCCUUCACUUUGCAUGCAGAGCUAGGAGAGGCAACGGCUUGA